CAGAGGUGGGGGAUGGGUGCGUAACGGCCGCAGCGCACGCGCGCACACUUGCUCACAGCCCCUGCGCGUUUUACCGCAGUAUCGCAGGAUUAGUGCGCGCGCUGCGGCACUCACCAGGAUCGGAAGAGGGAGAAAACAAACCGAUAAACCGCGAGGCCAAGCGACGCUCUCCGCCGGGUCCUGAUUUAUCAUUUAACUGCAGCACUAAACGCGCCGCCAGUGUUCUCUCAUCGUUUUUACUGCUACCGAGCGGCGGGAUCUCCCUCCGGCCGCACACCGACUCCUGCUGCACUAGCGCUCAGUCUGCCCGUUAUCCGUCAAGUGCGCGUCGUUACCGCCGUGAGCGAAACCCCCUGACAUGGCCAAGCACGAGGACAAAGCGGAAUCGGGAGACUGGAAGGAAUUCUUCUGGAAUCCGCGGACACGAGAGUUGCUGGGCAGAACCGCGAGCAGCUGGGGGUUAAUCCUGCUCUUCUACCUGGUCUUCUACACCUUCCUUGCUGGGAUGUUCUGCCUCACCAUGUACGUCAUGCUGCUCACACUUGAUGAUUACAAACCCACCUGGCAGGAUCGGCUAGCUACACCAGGGAUGAUGAUUCAGCCAAAAGCCCAGAAUCUGGAGAUCACGUAUAACAUGAAGAGUACAGAGAGCUGGGACACGUAUGUGCAGGCGCUGGACGGCUUCCUGGCCCCGUAUAAUGACUCCCAGCAGGUGCUGAAGAACGAUGCCUGUGCUCCUGACCAGUACUUCAUCCAGGAGGACAGCGGGCAGGUCCGCAACAACCCCAAGCGUUCAUGCCAGUUUAACCGCACCGUACUGGGGGAGUGUUCCGGCCUCACUGACCGCACCUACGGCUACCGCAGUGGCAAACCCUGUGUGCUCAUCAAACUCAACCGGGUCAUUGGAAUGUUGCCAGGGAAAGACGGCCAGUCUCCAUAUGUGACCUGCGGGGAAAAGAGAGAGGAGACAGACUUCCUGGGACAGAUUGCAUAUUUCCCCACAAAUGGAACAUUCAACCUAAUGUACUACCCCUACUAUGGCAUGCGAGCUCAGGUGAACUACUCCCAGCCACUGGUGGCAGUGAAGUUUCUAAACAUCACUCUGAAUGCUGAUGUGAACGUGGAGUGCAGAAUCAACUCAAACACCAUUGGAGACUACAGUGACCGGGACAAGUUUGCAGGGCGGGUCUCCUUCAAGCUCCGCAUUAACUCUGAGUAGAGACACCUAGAGCUGCUGUAUACACACACACACACACACACACACACACCAAAAACCACCAACCCCCUCCACACACACACACAC